AUGAGCAGUCCAAAGCGUAGGAUCGAGACAGAUGUCAUGAAGAUGCUCAUGAGCGAUUAUGAGGUCACACUGGUCAACGACAACAUGUUCGUCAGAUCAUCGCCUUUGCAAGAGUUCUAUGUCCGCUUCAAGGGACCAACAGAGACACCAUUCGAAGGUGGUCUUUGGAAGAUCCACGUAGAGCUCCCAGAUCAAUACCCUUACAAGAGCCCGAGCAUUGGCUUCGUUAACAGAAUCUUCCACCCCAAUAUCGAUGAGCUCUCAGGCAGUGUAUGUCUCGACGUCAUCAACCAAACCUGGUCGCCGAUGUACGACAUGGUCAACAUAUUCGAGGUCUUCCUACCCCAACUCCUACGAUAUCCGAACCCGACCGAUCCACUGAACGGUGAAGCGGCAGCUCUCAUGAUGCGGGAGCCUAAAGGGUAUGAGGUGAAAGUCAAAGAAUAUGUCUCGAAGUAUGCAUCAAAGGAGAGCGUCGACGAGGCCGGUGGUGAUUCCAACGACAGCGAUGAGAUGAGCAGCGUUGGCAGCUACGACGAAGACGAUGAAGAUGACGAGCCAGCGGGCACGAUGGAUGAAGUAUGA